AUGACGAUUGCUAGCGUCAAACCCGCUGCGACUGGCACGUGCGAUCCGUCGUCACUGUCGGGUUACACGUCGUCGAUCGCACUCGCGAGCGGUCUCCGCCUGCAUUGGGCGGUAACCGCCACGUCGACGAUCCAGCUGGCGGUCGAGGCGACGCGAGCGAGCGGCGCGGGGACGGGGUGGUUCUCUGUGGCGUGGGCGUCGUCGCCCGGCGCGAUGGCGCCGGCAGACGCGGUGAUGUGCAACCUCGCGACGUCGCCGGCUAUUAAAGCGUACAGAAUCACGGGGUACUCGGCGAGCAACGUCGCUGCGACGAGCGCGUUCACCCCGGGGAGCGUUUCGUUAACCGCGGGAACAACGACCACCAUCGCCAAGUUCACCCGGUCAGCAAGCGACGGCUCAUCGGUCGCUGUGGACGUGGCAGGAGUCAACUCGCUCAUCUGGGCCUUCUCCGCCAGUGGCUCUAAGACCGUCGCCUACCACAACAGCCACUAUGGCAGUGCUGACGUGGACUUCUCCUGUGACGCUUCUGCUUCCGCCACCCCUGCGCCCCCUCCCCCCGCCACCCCGCCCCCUCCGCCCACCACCCCCGCCCCUCCCCCUCCGCCGUCCUCUUCUGGAGGAGGCUCCAACUGCCCCGCGUCCACCCUCCCCGGAUAUACCUACCGGACUCAGCUCAAGGGCACCACCCUCCUCCUUCACUGGAAAGCAGCGUCUGCCUCGCAGCUCGAUCUGGCCAUCGAGGCCACAGCCGCCCCCGCCAAGUCCGGCUGGAUCGCCCUCGCAUGGGCCAAGGGCGGCAAGAUGGCACCUUCCGACGCCGUUUUUGGUAACAUGGCGGGCGGCGGAGUGGCAGCGUAUAAGAUCGGUGGAUACUCCAUGGGCUCGAUCCAACGGACAACUGCUUUUGGCAUUGGGACUGCCAACACCACCACCAGCACUUCUGGGUCUACGGUGAUCAAGUUCUCCCGAACCCAGGGCACAGGUUCGGCAGCCAAGGUGCAAGUGGCAGGGAGCAACAGCCUGCUCUGGGCCUACUCCCCCUCGGGCUCUAAGAGCCUAGGCUUCCACGGCGGUGCAUAUGGUCGCAUCACCGUUGACUUUUCCUGCAAGACUGGAUCGUCUGGAGGGGGGAGCGGAGGUGGGGGGAAGGGCCAUGAUGACGACGAUGAUGAUGACGAUGAUGAUGAUGAUGAUGAUGAUGAUGAUGAUGAUGAUGAUGAUGAUGAUGAUGAUGAUGAUAACAAGAAGGGUGGCGAUAAAAAGAAGGGUGUCACGACCGGAUCGCUGCUAGAGCUCGCCGUAACGGCCACCGGCGCCGCCGCUACCGGGUGGUUCAGCGUCGCGUUCUCCAAGAGCGGCGGCAUGGUGACGGCAGACGCGGUCAUCGCGAACCAGGGAGGCUCGCCCGUCCCCGUUAAUACGUACGCCAUUACGAGCUACUCGACGGUGAAAGCCACGACCGCGUUCGGCGCGGGCGGAAAGGCUUUCACGGGCGGAACGACGGCCACGAUGAAGUUCACUCGCAGCACUGGAGACGGAGGGGUAGCGCCGGUGAACGUGCGGGGAAGCAACAGGAUGGUGUAUGCUUAUUCCAAGAGCGGCGCCAAGACCAUUGCUUACCACGGCUCGCACUACGGAGUCUUCACAGUCGAUUUCUCCUGCAAUGGCUCCCCCGUCGCCCCCCCGCCUCCCCCUCCGCCCGCCACCAACCCCCCUCCCCCCACUGGCGGAACAACCACCCCCCCUCCUCCCCCUACUGGCGGAACAGGCACCCCCCCGCCUCCCCCUGCUGGCGGGGCAGGCUCCAACCCCCCUCCGCCCACCACCAGCGCCCCCCCACCUCCGCCUCCCCCCCCUUCUUCCUUCGCCACGGGUAGAGCCUGCCCCGCGUCCACCCUCCCUGGAUACGCCUUCCAAGUCGCCCUGCGCCCGCCCAAUCUCUUCCUGCACUGGACGCCAGUGUCAGCCACGCAGGUGGACAUGGCAAUAGAGGCCAAGGCGGCAGGCAGGGCCAAGGACGGCUGGAUCGCCCUGGGAUGGUCGCCCAAAGGAAAGAUGUCGCCCGCUGAUGCUGUCAUUGGGAACCUGGCUGGCGGGCUUGUAAUGCCGUAUGUUAUUAAGGGGUACAGCAUGGGCAGGAUUCAGCCAACUUCGGCGUUCUCGAUCGGGAGUAACGCGGCGACGGUCACGACCGCGGCGAAUGACACUGUUAUCACCUUCUCUCGCACCAAGAACACGGGAGUGGUGAUGCGAUUCCCCAUGGCUGGCCUGUCUAAGCUGGUCUGGGCCUUCUCCCGCCCGGGCCUUCCCUCGCUUUCUUUCCACGGCAACAGCUAUGGCACCGCAAAGGUGGAUUUUUCGUGCCGGUAUGCUCCCUCUAGCAAGGCAGAGGAGGAUUACGGAGAUGAGGACGACGAUGAUAAUGAUGACGACGACGACGACGACGACGACGAUGAUGAUAAGAGGCGCAGAAGGCAUUAG